AGAUUAACAGCAGCAUUAUUCAAUUCAAAUAUUAUAUUAGUCAAGUUCCUUACUGGAAAUAAAGGAGCCCUAAGCUAAGAUUCAUGUUGAAGAAUUUGAUAUUAAUAUCAAGAUAGUUUGGGAUCGAUAUCGAUAUUGAUGCAGAGUAGCACGUGGAGGGUGAGGUCGUGUAUCCGCUGCGAAUUGGUCUCACUGCUCACGCGACCGCGCUUUCGCCAUCGUCAUCACACUCCUCCCAUGGACACCAACGCUUCUGCUGCUGGGGAACAACGCAUCACUCGUGUUCUCUUUUGCGGACCCCAUUUCCCUGCUUCCCAUGAAUAUACGACACAAUAUUUGCAGAGCCAUUCAUUUAUCAAGGUUGAUGUUCUCCCUCUCGAACAUGUGCCCCAAGCAAUUCCCAACUAUCACGUCUGCAUAGUUAAAAGCAUGAAGCUUGAUUCACAUAUUAUUUCUCGUGCAGCUCGGAUGCAGCUUAUAAUGCAGUAUGGUGUUGGUAUCGAAGGCGUUGAUGUUGAAGCUGCCACCAAGCACGGAAUCAAAGUUGCUAGGAUCCAAAGUCAUGCUACAGGAAAUUCUGCUUCAUGCGCAGAAAUGGCCAUAUAUUUAAUGUUGGGUCUCCUCCGAAAGCAAAAUGAACUGCAAAUUUCCAUACAACAGAGGAAGCUUGGAGAGCCAAUUACUGAAACCUUACUUGGGAAAACAAUAUUCAUUUUGGGAUUUGGAAACAUUGGAAUGGAUUUGGCACAUCGAUUGCGACCAUUUGGUGUAAAAGUAAUUGCCACAAAGCGGAGUUGGACUUCAUGCACCCAGCACCCUAGCAAAUUAAUCAGAAGUAAUGUGGAUGAUCUUGUUGAUGAGAGGGUUAAUCAUGAAGAUAUGUACGAGUUUGUGAGGAAAGCUGACAUCAUCGUUUGCUGCUUACAUUUAAACAGCGAAACGGCUGGUAUUAUAAACAAUGAUUUCAUAUCUUCCAUGAAAAAGGGUGCCCUUUUGGUGAAUAUUGCUAGAGGCGGUCUUAUGGACUAUGAGGCUGUGAUCAAACAUCUUGAAUCAGGCCAUUUGGGAGGGCUAGGAACUGAUGUUGCCUGGAAUGAGCCAUUCAACCCUGAUGAUCAGAUAUUGAAAUUUAAGAAUGUUAUCAUGACUCCUCAUGUUGCUGGCGUUACUGAACAUUCUUAUAGAACCAUGGCUAAGGCUGUCGGUGACGUCGUUCUUCAACUUCAUGCUGGGCAGCCUCUGACAGGGAUAGAGAUAGUCAACUGAAUUACGGCAAACUGGUCUUCAAUUUACUUAUUUCACAAAUAGGUUAAUUUGAGGUGUCGAGGCACUUUCAAAAUUGUAUUGUAUAAUGAAAUAAGAAAACUGAGACUAGUUAGUGAUUUGGUGUUGGACAUUAGUUGAUCUUUUAUUGUUAUAGCGAACCAACCGUUCUUCAA